CCACCUCAGCGUGAGGGUGUAAAAUUUUUUCGCCGGGACUUUAUCUGCAUGUUCCGGUGUUUAGCUUUACAAUUCCAUUAUUAUUGUUAUUAUUUAAAAACGUUUUUUAACCGUUCAGUUAAUUCAAUCCCGUACGAAUGUCGUAAUAAACCGUGUGUGGGUCUUAAUAUCCCUAUUUAAAAUAGCCCGCGUGGCUCUGUGUUUAUUUAAACGGUCAUUGAACCGUCUGUGGUGUUUUUUGUUUAAUAUUAAAUAACAUAUAUAUCUAUAUAAAUACACACAUAUUUAUACGUAAUACUUGAUUAAUAAUAGCUAUAUAAAAUAUAUAAAUAUACACAAUGAGUGGUUUAAAAUAUCUGUGCGUGCUGUUGGCACUUUGUUGGAUUGGAGUUACCGGCGCCCGGCUUAAUUGUGAAGUUGUCAGGCCAAUUUUUGAAUCGCACGGGUUUCCAUCUUCCGAUAUUCCUAAGGAUCCUAUAUCAUCACGAGAAUUAAGAUCAUGCGGUGGAAUAAGCAGCGGUGGAGAAGUUUGCUGUACAGCAGAUAUGGAAUUAAGGUUACAAGCAAAAGCUCGUGACAGACACGAAAAAGCUACGAAAUCAACCCUCCAGCGGCUGCAACAACUUCUCGCCACUAGGGGCGCAAGAUUUCAUACUUUUUUUAAAGAUUUAUUGGCAACUUCCAAGAAGGGAUUUCAUGAAAUGUUCAAAAAAACUUAUGGAAUUUUGUAUGAGCAGAAUGCUUAUGUAUUCACGGACUUGUUCGAUGAAUUGGAAAAUUACUACACCACGGGAACAGUAAAUUUAGACGAAGCCAUGGAUAAUUUUUUCAAUACCUUGUAUCAAAAAAUGUUCACUGUACUAAACAGCCAGUACAAUUUCGACGCAAAGUAUCUUGAAUGCGUGGGCAAUCACAUGAAAGACAUGCGGCCAUUCGGUGACGUGCCUCAGAAAUUGGGUGUGCAGAUAAAGAGGUCAUUCAUUGCGACGAGGGCUUUCAGCCAGGCUCUGACGGUCGCCGCGGAUGUACUGAAGAACAUGCAGACGCUGAAAGUUUCGCCUGAGUGCGCAGCAGCAUUGACCAGGAUGACGGCCUGUCCAUCUUGCAGCGGCAUACCCGGUAAUGUACUUGCCUGCGGUGACAUGUGCGCUAAUGUCAUGAAGGGUUGCCUCACUCAACACGCAGCACUUGAUGGUGAAUGGAAUCACUUUGUCGAGGCGGUAGGAAAAGUGGGCGAGCGAUUGCUCGGGCCAUUUAACAUCGAGAUGCUGGUGCGUCCGAUAAAUCUAAAGAUAUCCGAAGCGAUAAUGAAUUUCCAGGAGAACAGUCACGACGUAUCCCAGCGUGUGUUCAGUGGAUGCGGACGUCCCGUGUUGGGCAGACGAAAACGCCGUCGUCGAAGUCCUUCUGCGGCGGCAGCUGCUCGUGAUGUAGAUUUUGACUCGGGAAACUUUGAUCAGGAGUCUGGGGAAGACGGCCGCUCGGCAACUGCGGUGAUGCUCGAUAAACUUGUUAAAGAGAUACGUCAGCGUGUGAGAGAUUCGAGGCAAUUUUGGAUCUACUUGCCUUACCAGCUAUGCAAUGACGGGCUCGUUGUACCUCCGAGUAAUACAAAGGAGUGCUGGAACGGCACACAUGUUGACAAAUAUUUAUACCCCGUAUCGUCUGACGGCGAGACUCAGACACUGAACCCAGAAGUGCGCGGGGCUGGACCCAGAGCUCCGAUUGUACGAGAUCAAAUAUUUGCUCUCACAACAAUCACCAGUCGACUCAGAUCCGCGUUCAAUGGCCAAGAUGUUGAUUGGAUAGACGCCGAAGAAAUACCCGAAGGAUCUGGCAGCGGUUCCGGAGACGGUGCCGACGAGGACCCGAUAACCGACGACGAGGACGGAUUCAGCGAAGAAUCCUCCGGGUACGAGCCCAAGUCCGCGGAACCCAUACCGCCGAAAGCUGCGGCACCUGUGCCGGCAGCGGUGCCGCCCCAGGUCGACAUAAAGCCCAAGGUGCCGAGCGUCGACGUGAACAACGUCGACCCUCACCCCGACUCCGGCAGUGUCAGCAACACCGACACUAGUCACAACUCGACGACAACCGCGACAGACAGCGGCGGAAGUACCAGCGGAGCCGCGAGUCGCCAGCGAAUGUCACUUACUCGCGCGCUCACGUCUUAUCUCUUCCCCAUCGCCGUCAUGUGGUUCGGCGGCUGUCUCACCGAGUGGCUGUGAUCUUUCAUUACUACCGAUCAAGUGGAAAUUGUAAAUAAUUAAUUAAUCAUUUAAUAUUUAACUAUUGAAAUAAUAAAUCCUUACCUACCUUCCUACCUAAUUAAUUAAUUAAUUAAAAAUUAAUGCUGUUAAUCGAGCAGAUAAAUUUAUUUAUCAUCUUUUAAAAGUGACCAAUGUGCCAUUUUUCAUAUUUUAUUUUUAUCUCGUGUCAGUGCCAGAUUUUAUCCAACCAAUGGCCGUUUUUUUUAUUUAUUUUAUUAAUUAAUUAAUUAAUUAAUUAAUUGAUUGAUUAAUAAAUGAGUGACUUUGAGUUAAAACUUCAGGACUUAAAAAAAAUAUAAUAAAUAUAAAAAGACUCUUAUUGUAUACGAGAGUGAGUUAAACAGGACUGAAAAAUUAAUUUAUUCGAUUAACAAAUUAAUUAAUUUGUUUAUAUAUUAUUUUUAAUUACUCGAUAAUGAGUAUAAAUAAUAAUUAUAAUUAUUGAUAUUUUAAAUUUAUUAAAAUUUCUCUACUCUCUUUUGUAAAGUGUAAAUAAAAAAAAAGUAGCCAAGCAACUUUUGGAGUAAAAAAAUAAAUUUAAUUUUCAAAAAUUUAAUUGAUAAUUUUUUUUGAAUUUUGUUAUUUAGGAUAAAGUUGCUUGCGGUUUAGGUUUAGGUUUAGGUUUCGGUGUCAGGUGAUAAGAUGUAUAAAAAAAUAAAAUUUAUAAAAUAAAUAAUAAAUCAAAGAGUGGAGAUAAAAGAAAUUGAAAAUACAAAAAUAAAAAAUAAUAAUAAUAAUAACGGGAUCCUGUGAUAAAAUCAAAUAAACCCGCGCGUAAAGUCUCGGACUUUGCUCGAGGCGGACAAAAUAAUAAAUAAAUAUAAUGAUAUGUAAGAAGUAACGUAAGAAGUAAUAGACGAUUUUGAAAAUCUAGUGAAAUAUUCAGAUAACUUAUGAAUGGUAAAUUAAUUAAUUGACUUAUUAAUUGAUUGAUUUAUUGAUUAUUAUAAAUGAUAAAUUAUAAAUAAUAAUUAUUUGUAAUUGUAUUAUAUUAUUAUAUACAUAGAUUUAUAUAUGAAAUUAAUAUAACAAAUUUAUUGACGAGAGUUUUAUCCCAAGGAAUAUUAUUAGGGAAUUAUUUUUAAGGUGCAAUCGUGCAUUAUUUAUACGACUAUUUUUUUUUACAUUUUUUACUAUUUUUUAUGCUCAUUGUUUUUGUGUUGCUUGUGAAUUAUGGGCGUGUGCGAAUUAUUUUUAACAUGGGGUUUUUUUAAUGGGCAGAAGUUUUGCUUUGAAGGUUUGAAAUUUUUUUUAUUGUGUUUUUUAAUACGAAAGUUUUUUAAAAAUAAUUUUGAGUAAAAAACAAAAAUUUAAGUUUGACAGAAUAAUUGAAAUUUCUAUUUUUUUUUUUUAAUUUUUCUUUGAAAAUUUUAUUUUAGAUAAACAGGAUUUUUGCUUUGAAAAAUUUGAAAUUUUGUUUAUUCAAUUUUCCGAUGCGAAAUUUUUUUUAAAAUAAUUUUAAGUAAAAAAAAAAUUUAAUUUUGACAGAAUAAUCAAAAUUUCUGGGUAUAAAAAAUUAGUAAUAGAAAAGCGAAUACAAAUUUGAAAUUGAAUUUUUGGAUACAAAAAAAAAUAUGGAAAUCUGUGUAAAUUUAUUUUGUAAAUUGAACUGAAGAAAAAGGUUGAGACCAAUUCUGGGUGUCGUAUAAAAUUCAAUUAAUUUUUUUAAUUAGGUGCAUGAAAAUUUUUAUUGACAGUUAAAAAUAUUUGAAAAAUUCAAACUCAAAAAUUUAAAAAAGAAUUUAUGGAAAUCGGAGUAAAUUUAUUUUAUAAAUGAAACUGAAAAAAAAAGUUGAGACUAAUUUUGGAUGUUGUAUAAAAUUCGAUUAAUUUUUCAAAUUAAUUACAUUAAAAUUUUUAUCGACAGUUGGAAAUAUUUAAAAAAUUCAAACUCAAAAAUUAAAAAAAGAAUUUAUGGAAAUCGGAGUAAAUUUAUUUUUUAAAUUGAACUUAAAACAAAAAAAUUGAAAUUAAUUUUGAGUGUUGUAUAAAAUUUACUAAAUUUUUAAGGUUUGCCGUCAACUGAUCCCAACAAUUUUAUACCACGACAAGUGAUCCCUACAAAUUGAUCCCACCGACAUCUGAUCCCAUCAACAAUUGAUCGUCAAUUGAUUUUUAUCAACAAAUAAUUUACAUAAUUUAACUUUUUAUAUUUACAACAGUGAAUUUUAAUUAUGUCAUAGUAAUUAAUUAAUAAUUAAUUAUUUUAUAAAUUUGUCAGUGGGAUCAAUUAUCGUGUGAUAACUUGUCGGGGAUCAGUUGUCAUGGAACCAAUUUUUAAAAUAAAUUACAUGAAAUUUUUUAUCUACAACUCAAAAUAUUGGAGGAAUUCAACCCAAAAAUAGAAAAAAAAUUUAUGGAAAUCAGUAAAUUUAUUUUGUAAAUUGAACUGAAAAAAUAAUUGAGACCAAUUCUGGGUGUCGUAUAAAAUUCAAUAAAUUUUUAAAAUAAAUUACAUUAAAUUUUUUAUCUACAGUUAAAAAUAUUGAAAAAUUUCAAAAAAAUUUAUAAAUAAAUUUGUAAAAAAAAAUUAAAUGCAAUGCAAUAAAAAAUUUAAAAAAUUCGCACAUGCUCAAUAAUUGAUUUAAAAAAAACCAGAACUGUCCUACGAAUCUAAACAAUUUAAAUUAAAAGGUUACAGGGUUCUUCAAAGAAGAAAAUAAAAGUUGAUAGAAAAAAAAAAAGAAUUAUUGGAUAAUGUAAUAAACAAUCGUACUAAAUUAUAAUUAUUUAAACUAAAUAUUAACAUUAAUAUUAAUAAUAAUAAUAAUGUAUUUAAAUGUGAGUUUUAAUUUACGACAGAGUUGCGAAUGCGACCAGUCAUUUGCAUUUUAAUAAUUUACCAACAAAUAGAUGAACAAAUCAAGUUGAUAAACAACAAUAAUAAUGGUGAUAAUUUUCAUUAUUUCGAUUAUUUAACAAAAAUACUUUGAUAGAAGGGGACAUUUUUUUACUCUGUACAUUACGAUAAAUUUUUCUAUUGUAUUUAAUUCUCCAUUCCAACUGAUUGACUUUAAAAGUAUAAAUAUAUAUAUUAUAUAUACCAGUGCUAUUGAUUUAAAUAAAUAAAAAGUAAUUAUGAUAAUAAUGAUAAUUAAUUAAUAAAUGAAAAUGUGGAUGACAAGUUUAUUUAUACUGUUUAUUAACAUGGAAUAAGUUUAUUAUUGACUUAAUGAAAAAAUUAUUUAAAUAUAAAAAUAUA